UACAACCACCGGCUUUCCGUCGCUGCCUCAUCUCCGCUGGAAAAAAAGAAAAAAAGCAAAAGAAAAGAAAAAUCAAAACAGCUCAUCGUGGGGGGAAAAAAAGGAAACCAAAUCCUUUGUGUUUGUGUUACGGCCAGCUGUUUAUAAUGUGAUGCAAUGCACCAGUCUUCUGAGAAUCAAACACCAUUCGUCCAGGCGUUUUUUUAUUGAGGAGGAAGGCGUCGUAGUGUUGCAUAGCCUUGUUGCAUUUGAUGUAGAAAACGUUGCUGACCGGACUUCACUGCAGACAGACACAACCAGCUGCCACAUCUCAGUCCUGGGCUCAUGUAAGAGCCACUCUUAGCUCCACAACCAAAUGAAGCUAACUGACUCCUCAGAAGCUGCUCUCACAGAGGACUCCACCUGUUACUGGGACUCCUGUGCACUGUCCUGGGCUCCAGUAGCCCACCCAUGCCUGUGAUCCCCAUCCCACGGCGGGUGCGCAGCUUCCAUGGCCCCCACACCACCUGCAUGCACUCGGCCUGUGGGUCGACACACACCUCCAAGCUAGUGCACACCAAGUACAAUAACUUUGACCUCUACUUGCGCUCACGUUGCAUGUACAGCUUCCUGCGUUUCCUCCUAUACUUUGGCUGCAGUCUGCUGACCUCUCUGCUCUGGGUGGCGCUCUCCGCUCUCUUCUUCCUGCAGUACGUCAGCGUGCGCGUUCUCCUGCGGCUGCAGUACAAGCUGUCUGUCAUUCUGCUUCUGUUAGGGCACCGGCGCCUGGACUUUGGGGUGCUUAAUGACCUGAUCAUCUACAGCAUGCAGAUCACCAUGUUUCUGGUGGGGGGGCUUGGCUGGUGCUUUAUGGUGUUUGUGGACAUGUAGCUGUGAUGUGAGCAACACGGGAAAUGUAGUGUAUGAAGAAUGUGUGUAACAUCUGAUCUCUGACCUUUAAGCCAGUGGCUUAAAGAAUAUAGAGUUCAGUUCUUUACAAAUGUUAGUCCUAUAUCACUCAGAGAAAACCACCUGGUUGCUCAAUAUCGAAAAUGAUGCAUGAAGUCAGUCUGAACAUGGGCGUCAGACUUGAGUCAUCGUGUAGGACUGUCAAGGGUCAGAAUCUCUUACAUUUCUAUUGUAUUUUCACGCCAUUUGUAAACUGUUUUCACAAAUUUGAAGGGCGUCUUGACUAGAAACUCUUUUGUUUACAAUAAUGGAAAAUGUGAAUGUCAAAGUCAAUGUUGCACGGAAAAGUGACUCAUUACAUAAAUGAUGUGCAUCAUGGCUGUGUGAUGCAAGGCAGUCAUGAGUGCCAAAAUUGCACAAGUUGCGCCCCAAAAAGAAAAGGUGUACCAUGAGUCCCAGGUUGAUAUUACUUAGAUUAUGUUGUGUGUAAACACAAUACCAUGUAAAUAUCCAUAUAUCACAGAGAUGAAGCUGAUAUACACGUAUGGUGGAUAGAGUGACCAAAACAAGUGAAAUUAUCAACAACAGUGUGUAUGAUGUUGUUUUGUGGAAAGGGUGGGGCAGAACAGGGGUAAGGGCACUGUGUAA